CCCGCGCUAAGAGCCAUGGCGGCGCUGGAAGCUUCUAGUUCGUGUGGCCUCAGCCUGUCAUCUGCCUGGAGCAGACUGAGCUCUGGUCUGGUCCCCCUUUCUGCACUCGGUCUGGAAACGUCUAGGUUGGUGAGUGGGAGUGAGCUUGAGGAUGAUCUGCACGCUGCACUGGAAACUUUACGGCAGUAUGGUUUGCAAUCAGUAGCACUGGAAUGGUUUAUGGAGAUGUUACAGGUCGAUCUUCAGAAGAACAUUGCAGCAGAGUUCUGGGACUUUCUCACACAAAGAGAGAACAUGGUGACAGAACAACAGCGCUCAAAGCUCCUGUAUGAUGCCUUCUGUAUGCUAGAUCAAAGGCUAACACCCUACUUGUGCAGUCUGAAAUAUUUGGAGACUUGGAUUGAGGCAGGUCUGAUUACCAGUGUAGGACCUGGAACACUGAAAGACAAGGUCUACACAAUGGUUAAAGCUGUGUUAUUCUUCUCAACUGUACAACCCUUUCAGGAGAUUAUACAUGAAUUUUACACUCGUGCUUUCAGCAUCUAUGUGCACCAAGACAAGACCCUACAGAAUGGAGAUAGCAUGAGUGAAGAUGAAGAUGAGAAUGCAGCAGAUGAUAUGGAACAGCUGAGCUGUGCUGGCUGUAAUGCAGUGAAAGAGCAGUGCUGGUGUACCACUGCUGUGGAACAGUUUGCAAAAGUCAAUCAUGUAUUGCACUCGCUGAACCUGUUAGAACGAAUCAGUGCAAACGCCAUCACAACCAUCCUGCAUAAAAUGAUAGAGGAACAUGUGGGCAGAUUGUGUCGUGGAGAAUAUGAGAACUCCUUUCUUUCCCAGCUAGAGGAGUGGUUGGAAUCAAAAGUAGUUUGUUGGCUGAGCAUGGUGUUUCUGCAGAAAACCAACACUAAAUCAUCAUCCCCUCAGACAAGCAGCACAUUACAACGCUGGAGAAUACACCUGCAGUUUUUUCUUUACCAGGUGUAUGCAAAUAUGAGGAUUGAGGAACUUUUCAGCAUUAUUCGUGAUUUCCCAGAAUCCAAGGCAGCAUUGCAGGACUUGAAAGUCUGCCUUGAAAGGACCAAUCAGAGACAACAAUUACUUUCAUCUCUAAAAGCGGCCCUGGAAACCAGACUUCUCCACCCAGGAGUUAACACUGCUGAUGUGAUAACCUUGUACAUAUCUGCAAUCAAGGCCCUUCGUGAGUUGGACCCAUCGAUGGUUAUUUUGGAGGUGGUGUGUGAACCGGUCCGCAAAUAUCUAAGGACAAGGGAUGACACUGUAAGACAGAUCGUAGCAGGUUUGACUGAUGAUUCGGAAGGAUCCAGUGAUCUGGCAAAUGAACUGUCCAAAGCGGAUCCAAUCACUCUAGAACAUGGACAUGAUAGUGAUGAUGAUAUGUCUGAUCCAGAUGAUUGGCUUCCUGACCCUGUUGAUGCUGAUCCAGGUAAAUUUGGUUCUAAACGAAGAUCUUCUGAUAUCAUCACUUUGCUGGUCAGCAUUUAUGGCAGCAAAGAAUUGUUUAUAAAUGAAUAUCGUACGCUGCUGGCAGACCGAAUACUCCAUCAUUUCAGCUACAUUACCUGCAGGGAGAUCCGAAAUCUGGAGUUGCUGAAGCUGCGUUUCGGAGAGGCUCAGAUGCACUUCUGUGAAGUCAUGUUAAAGGAUGUUGCUGAUUCUCGAAGGAUAAACAGCCACAUUCAUGAGGAGGAUCAAGAGACUCCCUUACACCUGAAUGCAAUGAUCCUGUCUGGUGAGUUCUGGCCACCUUUGAAAGAGGAGAAACUGGAACUCCCUGCUGAAGUGAAAGAAGCAAUGGAUGCUUAUACCAAGAAGUAUGAGAAAUUAAAAGCCAUGAGAUCACUGAACUGGAAGCCUCAUCUGGGAAAUGUUGACCUGGAGAUUGAGCUGGCAGAUCGAACAUUAUCUGUGUCUGUCUCACCUGUCCAUGCUGCAAUCAUUAUGCACUUCCAACAGAAGAGUACCUGGACUCUGGACGAGCUCAGUGAUGCACUUAAAGUUCCUGUCGUUGCCCUGCGAAGGAAAAUUGCUCUUUGGCAGCAGCAGGGGGUCUUAAAAGAGGAUCCCACAGACACAUUUACAGUGAUUGAGGAGGAACAGAAAGAUCAGCAGGAGAAAAUGGUUUUAAUUGAUAGUGAUGAAGAGGGAGACUCUGCUAUGGCUUCCCAGGCUGAUCAGAAAGAGGAGGAAUUGCAGCUUUUCUGGACAUACAUCCAAGGUAUGCUGACCAAUCUAGAGAGCUUACCACUAGAGCGUAUUCACACCAUGCUCAAGAUGUUUGUGAUGACGGGCCCAGUAAUGGCUGAAAUUGAUAUGCAAGAGCUUCAGGCAUUCUUGCAGAAGAAAGUAAAGGACCACCAACUAGUCUAUUCCGGUGGAGUGUACCGGCUUCCCAAAUCUAACUGCUGAAUCGGGAUCCUUGCUCAGAAAGAUUGGUGGAGCAGAUCUAUGAUCGAACUUGUAGCUUUCUUCCUGCUGUGAUCUAUGAUCCAGAGCCGUAACUUUGAAGGAAUAUUGAUGCAACAGCGGUGUCCACUCAGCAGUGACUACAAGAAAUUUAAUUGUCUUAAUAACUAAGAUUCACUUGGAUUCUUCUACAUCAGAGACCUGUGGCAGAAAUCCUGAAAUUCUUUGUAUAGUUGCAGCUCCACAAUGAACCUGUCUUUGGUAGGGAGUGAGAUAAAAAACUUGUGGUGGAGACAUGAGACAUUUGUAAAGUAUACCUGAAUUCUGAGCCACAAAAUCCCACAAGCACACAGCAGUAGAUUUUUCACAGUAAGUAAAUUCUAUUGGUCUCACAGUUCACAGACAAUCUUUACUGUCACCCGCUAUGACCAGUGAGUGAGCAAUGUCAAUCCAUUAGUGAUAAUUGCUAUGCAUUUGAGGCUUGGUUUGCAAAUUCUUUUAAUGUCACACUUGUACACUGUUUAGAAGUACAUUUCUGUUUAGAGAUGGCUGUUUUGUUCUUGCCCAGAAGAUUUAAUAGAUUUUGGCCUUUCCUCACUUUGUGAUUAUCCUAUGAGAACGGCAUUUUUUCUACUUUUCCUGUUAAAAUGUUUUAAUGUUUAGCACCUCUGCCUAAAACUUGACUUGCUGUUACCAGGCACUUGGGAGUGGCAUAUACUCCUGGGAUCUCGACUGUCUUUAAACUGAGGAGGGAAAUAAUUGAACUACCAGUGAUCCUAAGCUUUAGUUAUGAUCAUCUUUAAAGAAUGGACUUAGAUUCCAUGAAUUGGUUCCAACCUGUGUUGUGAUUCUGCACCAAAACUUUGUAGCCUUGUAACUAAUUCAGGUUAAUAAAAGGAAGUUACAGAUUCUCAGCAAGUGGAAACAGUUUCAGAUAGUUGACAAGACUGACAAGAGACAGAAACUGAACUGUAACUCAGCAAAUACACUGCACCUUGAGUUAUUUGUAAACGGGGCUUGGGGGGUGCAGGAUGCGCGAGGUAGAGAGGAGGAAAUGAAAUUCCUAUCAGCUUAUUUAGCAAAGAUACCAAUGUGUUUACAAUUGAUGCUUAUUUUCUCUAUUUCACUUUACAUUAUGAAUUGCUUAUUUUAAAAAAUUCUAUGGAUGCUGCAUGUUUCAGUGUAAUCAGUAGAAUGUGCUACAUAUUUUACAGUAUGUUGUGAACAUUGAAUUGUGUUAUGACUAGGACAACAGUAACCAAAAACAGUGAUGAUAUGUUUUCAUCCCUUACUGGCUGAGGAAUUAUGAUUUCUCAUGAUCCUGAUUAAAGUAUACAUAAUUAUUUGUUUUAAGAGUUCACUUGUGCUUGAAUACUGGGUUGUUUGCAGGAUAAUGUAGUAUUAUGUUGGUCUUGUUCCCUACCAAGUUUAUUCAUCAAGAAUUUGCAGCAAAAUAAUCAAGGAGUUAUGACCAUUUCUGACAUGGUUUGAGGAAGAUUCAUCCACAGUUGGUAUUCAUUUUUUUUUAAGUUUCUAUUUUCUAUGCUAUACUGAACAGUGCGCAUUGAAAUGUGAUGAAUGCAAAGGAAAUCUCACAUAUCAGAUUGGGAAAUCUUCAUUUGUUUGUAAUACUUGCUAUUUCUAAUUAAUGCCAUCAGUUUUACUCCCUCUCAUGCUUUUUUUCCUCUCUCUUCCACCCAUCUGUCUGGCUGUCACUCUCUCUCUCUGUAUCUGUCUAUCUCCUGUUUUAUAUCAUUCUGUCAAGAUAAGUGAUUGAGCAAGUCCGAGACCUUUUAACAGAGUGCGUUGCCUUGUUCUACACCCUUUAGCAUGACGACAUUUGUAUUAACCUACCUUUAAUUAUUUCUGUGAUUAUAUUCUGUCAUGCCAUGUUGCAGUCCAGUGGAAACAUACCGUUGUAAGGGGCCACUUUUUUUUCUGUUUGGACUAUAAACCGGGAAAUGAAAGUCUGAUACUGCUGUAUAACUAUAACAUGAGAAGAGCUUUGUAAUUUGUAAAACAAUUACAUAUUGUGGUAUAUAAUUUUGACUGUACAAGACUGUGUUCCUUUUGGUGCAGUGAAGUUAUAAGAAACAGUGACACCAGAAGCCUUUGAAGCAAGGAAAACUGCUUGAUGACAGCCCUUGGAUUGGUCCAGCUACAUUCAAAUACGACGCAGGCAGAAACAAACAAGAAAACAUCUCUCUCUCUCUCUCUCUCUCUCUCUCUCUCUCUCUCUCUCUCUCUCUCUGUCUGUACCUCUGUGUGAGCAAGAAGAACAGAAACAAAAUAUAAAGACUCUUAAAAAGAAUGAAUUUUGGGACAAGAAAAUACUGAGGUCAACCUGAUCAGCUACUGAAUUGAUGAUCAGCCAUUUCCCUGCAAUCAGAUUAUGUUAUAGUUGCUUAAAAUAAGGGAACUGAGAAAUACUCUCCACCUUGAGCUAGACUUUUGACCUAUAGAAUCUGUUUUCCCUGUCUAUACUUUUCCGCUUAUUUGUGUUGAGUCAUCUCUUUUGAUCUUGUCUUAUUUGAAUGAAUAUGUAUGCACUUGGGCAUUUAAAGCCCAUUGUUUGGGAGUGGGGGAGGAUAGAGGAGGCACAUUUCAAUUUUUCUUGUGGGUUAUGGAUAGGGCCACAAUGACAAACAUGAACUCCAUUAAAAAAAUUCAGAAGCUUUAAACAGUUAAGUUGAAUGCCUUUUUGAAGACAACUAGGGUCGGGCAAGAAAUGCUGGCCAGCCAGUGACACCCACAAAUGAAUGGGGAGGGGGUGGGGGAAUAAUUAAUAGAAAUGAUCAUUAUGAAGUGCCAAGUAGCAGAGCUUAGUAAAUUUUCACCUGUUUUAUUAUUAAGAAGCAAAGCUAGAGAGAGAGAGCAUGAGAGAAAGAGUCAGACCCAAUUCAUGAUCACCAGAAGAGAGGGUGAUGACUGGGAGAAUGUUGUCACCCUCUUUCUUGGUUUCACUAACCUUAAAUGACCAAUGGUGGGCCACGCUGAGCUGAACUGGCCUCUUUGGAAUUCAGAUGAAAAUGAGGGUUGGAGGUGAAUUGACUUUAAGCUUGGAGUUUCUUCUACUCCCAGCCUGUUUGCCUUCCAUCAUUUUCCUCUUUUUAGAUCUUUCUCUUUUUUUUACACACUUCCCGCCCGAGCCCCCCAUUCCACAUUCUGUUUUACUUUGUCUCCUUUAACUUCAUGUGACUUUGAGCUCAAACCAUUCUUCAGGACAACUUUUUGUUUAGGAAAACAAAUUUCACCAGGGAAAAUUAAUGACCUUGCAUAGCACAACUACUUGAAAAUUUUGAUGAUGCACUGUAACAUAGAACUCUGAGAUGGGAAUCUGCCGCAAGAACUUCAUGUACUGCCAGGCCUGCUGCUUGCUUAGGGAGAUCUCCAAGGUCCAUGCACAGCAGUGACUUCUGAAACUAGCAGCCAGUGUUGGGAAUGGCGUUGGCAUGUUGUGCAGCUUGGAGGGAAUGUUGUCUGAGAUCUGCCAAACCUUAUAAGUCACUCCAUGGUCAGAAUCUGGCCUGCUGCCUACUGCCCCCUUGGCUUUUGGUGACAACAAUGACUUCGGCUGACUGUCUCUAUCCAGCCAGGCGGACAUGAUUUUCCAACCCUGUACUCCUUCUUGACGUUGAUUGUCAUAGCCACCUAGAUACCUCCAACAAGAAGCUGAACCCUCAGCCAGGUCUACCAAUGUAUUGUCAACAACUUAUUCUUGCAUAAGAAAAGCAAGGCAGACCAGCACAGCUCUAUCUACCACAACCUGCCUAUAAACGGAUGUUUCAUGAACGAUGCCCAGGGAAGAGCAUAAUCCAGCUAAGACGGCAACCCCUGCUCUCAAAAUCCCCUACCCAGACCUAGCUCCCACUCAUUUCCUCCAAGAAAUAUUGCAUAUACCAGAGAUCUACAGUGAAAAGAAAAAGCUGCCCAUUCCCAGAGCCUGCCUCUGGUCCCACCAUCAUGGUCUGAGGCCUUGGGCUGCUUACUACUCCCCUUAUAACAACAGGGGGUUCUGAUCUACAUUUGCUGCUUAUAGGCUCACCAACCAGCCUGCAACAGCACACAUGGGAGAGAACGGGUAGCUCCUUACAAAAUCUGAGUGAGCUGUAAAUUAGACAUCAUCAUAUGAAUUGCUGUGGAUGGCAGUAUAUGACCUACCUGCAUGCUGUAUAUAUAAUUCAUAUUGUUGUUAAGUAAGUAAUCUUUUAUUUUUAUCAGUUA